AUGAAGCCAUAUCUUCUCUUCGAAGUUGGCAUGGCCAUGUUGACCUACCCUCUCAUCGUCUCUGCUCAACAGCUUGAGCACGUGCUGUAUCCUUUCGAGAUUUUUAACCUCACCGAUGGUUGUUUUAAGAUGCUCAACACAACUGUCACAGAAUGCUCAUUUCUAUUGGAUGCGUAUCUAGCGACCCCAGAGGGAGCGUUUGAACCUGCCGAAAAGGAGCAUUUGGAUCAUAUAUGCAUCCCAACGUGCCGCGAAGCACUUGUCAACUUUAGGCCCAAGGUCGAAGCAGCCUGCAAUACUACAAAGGAUUCGGUUGCAUUUCAUUACGGUGAUAUGAUUUUUGCGCCUACCUAUCAGACUGAUCUGAUGAUUGUGGCCUACGACGUCCACUGCUACAAAGACCGUCGCGACACGAAUUUCCCUAUAGAGUGUGAGGACUGCACUCUCGGGCAGUGGAUGAAACAACUCCAGGCUCCUAUCCGGUGCCAUGACAAGGGAGUCUCCAAAUUCUCCAAGGCGACAUCAGCUUGCGACGCAACUGGGUACGAGUACAUGAAGCCGACGACAUCAUACAUAAGUACUAUGGACCUCUACAUGGAAACAUGGUUGGAGGACGCCACCACGCCUACGCCUACGCCUAUGCCUACGCCUUGA